AUGGCGGACGAAGUUUACGAUGGUGCCAUUGGCAUCGAUCUUGGCACUACCUACUCUUGCGUUGCCAUCUACGAGGGUACCAAUGUCGAGAUCAUCGCCAACGAGCAGGGUAGCUUCACCACUCCCUCUUUCGUCUCCUUCACUGCUGAGGAGCGUUUGAUCGGUGAGGCCGCCAAGAACCAGGCCGCCAUGAACCCGAAGAACACCGUCUUCGAUGUCAAGCGUCUCAUCGGUCGCCGCAUCGAUGACCCCACUGUCAAGAAGGACAUGGAGUCUUGGCCCUUCAAGGUUGUCGACGAUGGUGCCGGCAACCCCAAGGUCGAGGUUGACUACCUCGGCGGUGUCCACACCUUCUCCGCCCAGGAGAUCUCCGCCAUGGUCCUCACCAAGAUGAAGGAGAUUGCCGAGGUCAAGCUUGGCAAGAAGGUUGAGAAGGCUGUCAUCACCGUCCCCGCCUACUUCAACGACAACCAGCGUCAGGCUACCAAGGAUGCUGGUGCCAUUUCCGGCCUCAACGUCCUCCGUAUCAUCAACGAGCCCACCGCUGCCGCUAUUGCCUACGGUCUCGGUGCCAACAAGUCCAACAAGGAGCGCAACGUCCUCAUCUACGAUCUCGGUGGUGGUACUUUCGAUGUCUCCCUCCUCAACAUCCAGGGUGGUGUCUUCACUGUCAAGGCCACCGCUGGUGACACCCAUCUUGGUGGUCAGGACUUCGACACCAACCUUCUUGACUACUGCAAGAAAGAGUUCACACGUAAGACCAAGAAGGAUCUUUCCGGUGAUGCCCGUGCUCUCCGCCGUCUCCGUACUGCUUGCGAGCGUGCCAAGCGUACCCUCUCUUCCGGUGCUCAGACCACCAUCGAGAUCGACUCCCUCUUCGACGGUGAGGACUUCAACAUCAACGUCACUCGUGCCCGUUUCGAGGACUUGAACGCCAAGGCCUUCUCCGGUACCCUCGAGCCUGUCGCCCAGGUCCUCAAGGAUGCCGCUAUCGAGAAGUCCGCCGUUGACGAGAUCGUCCUUGUCGGUGGUUCUACCCGUAUCCCCAAGGUCCAGAAGCUCCUCAGCGAGUUCUUCGACGGCAAGAAGCUCGAGAAGUCCAUCAACCCCGAUGAGGCCGUCGCCUACGGUGCCGCCGUCCAGGCCGGUAUCCUCUCCGGCAAGGCCACCUCCGCCGAGACCUCCGACCUCCUCCUCCUCGAUGUCGUUCCCCUCUCCCUCGGUGUCGCCAUGGAGGGCAACAUCUUCGCCCCCGUCGUCCCCCGUGGCCAGACUGUGCCCACCAUCAAGAAGCGCACUUUCACCACUGUUGCCGACAACCAGCAGACCGUUCAGUUCCCCGUUUACCAGGGUGAGCGUGUCAACUGCGAGGACAACACCUCUCUCGGCGAGUUCACUCUUGCUCCUAUCCCUCCCAUGAAGGCUGGUGAGCCCGUCCUCGAGGUCGUCUUCGAGGUCGAUGUCAACGGUAUUCUCAAGGUCACCGCCACUGAGAAGACCUCUGGCCGCUCUGCCAACAUCACCAUCUCCAACUCCGUUGGCAAGCUCUCUUCCUCUGAGAUCGAGAAGAUGGUUGAGGAGGCUGAGAAGUUCAAGAGCAACGACGAGGCCUUCUCCAAGCGCUUCGAGGCCAAGCAGCAGCUCGAGUCCUACAUCUCCCGCGUUGAGGAGAUCGUCUCCGACCCCACUCUCUCCCUCAAGCUCAAGCGCGGCCAGAAGGAGAAGAUCGAGCAGUCCCUCUCCGAGGCCAUGAGCCAGCUCGAGAUUGAGGACUCCUCCGCCGAGGACCUCAAGAAGAAGGAGCUUGCCCUCAAGCGCCUCGUCACCAAGGCCAUGUCUUCCCGCUAA